AUGAAAUCCCUUCAGCAAUUGGCUCGCCGGAAGGCCUUGGCCGGUCUUGCGACUCCCCGUUUAUCCUCCCAGACCGUCGCCGCCAGCCGGCUAUGGCAAAGAAGCUUUGGUGUGACCGCGGCGGCAGCCUCCCAGCUGGCGGCCCUGGAUGCCUCCAAGCUGACCAUCACCAAGACGGAAACCCCCAAGGAGCUCACUCCGCCCAAGGAUUUGGUGUUUGGAAAAACUUUCACCGACCACAUGCUCACCGUCGAGUGGACUGCCGCUGACGGAUGGCACUCUCCGCGCAUUAUUCCCUACCAGAAUCUCAGUCUGGAUCCAUCAACCUGUGUGUUCCAUUAUGCGUUUGAAUGCUUCGAGGGAAUGAAGGCAUACAAGGACAAGAAUGGAGGCACCCGCCUGUUCCGCCCCAACAAGAACAUGGAGCGUCUGAACAAGUCCUCCGCGCGAAUUGCUCUCCCAACCUUUGAUGGCGAGGCUCUGACGAAGCUGAUUGGCGAGUUCGUUAAGGUGGACAACCGCUUCAUUCCGGAUGCUCGUGGCUAUUCGCUGUACCUGCGCCCCACCAUGAUCGGUACUCAGAAGACCUUGGGUGUUGGCCCUCCUGGCUCCGCUCUUUUGUUCGUUAUUGCUAGCCCCGUCGGCCCUUACUACCCCACCGGCUUCAAGGCUAUUUCUCUGGAGGCCACAGACUAUGCUGUCCGCGCCUGGCCCGGCGGUGUCGGUGACAAGAAGCUCGGUGCUAACUAUGCCCCCUGUAUCCUGCCUCAGCUUGAAGCCGCAUCCCGUGGCUUCCAACAGAACCUGUGGCUCUUCGGUGAGGAGGAAUACGUUACCGAGGUGGGCACCAUGAACCUGUUUAUCGCCCUGAAGAACAAGGAAACUGGAAAGAAGGAGCUGAUCACUGCUCCCCUCGACGGUACUAUUCUGGAGGGUGUUACUCGUGACUCUGUCCUGAGCCUGGCCCGGGAGCGUCUGGUGCCCCAGGGAUGGGAAAUUUCGGAGCGCAAGAUCCGCAUGGCCGAUGUUGCCCAGGCUGCCGAGGAGGGCCGACUGAUCGAGGUCUUCGGUGCUGGCACCGCGGCCAUUGUCAGCCCCGUGCGGAAUAUUAGCUAUCGCGGAAAGUUGGUCGACUGUGGCCUCAAGGAGAAUGAGGAGGCUGGUGAGAUUGCUCUCCAGAUGAAGAACUGGAUCGAGGGCAUCCAGUAUGGUGAUGAGAAGCACCCUUGGAGUUACGAGCUUUAA